AUGUUUGGCCAGGACCGUGGAGGGCCGACGUUUGACCAGGACCGUGGAGGGCCGACGUUUGGCCAGGACCGUGGAGGGCCGAAGUUUGACCGAGACCGUGGAGGGCCGAAGUUUGACCAGGACCGCGGCUCGCGGGCGCGCAGGGUUUGGCUCGCCGAUGACUCGCGACGACUUGCGAGGACUGUGGAUGGCCGACGAUGA